UGGCAAAGUGAAUGCAGCUGAAUCACAGUGAGAAGUCCACCAGGUGGAUGCAGGGAUGGAUGGAUGGAUGCAUGGAUGGAUGGAUAAAUGCCAGCCGGAUCAACAAAUGGAUACCCUGGACGUCGGAGGCGGGUGACGAGUGAACGAGCGAGGACGCCGGGAGUCGCCUGCGUCUCCUGUGGGAGAGCCGCAGUGGAAGUAACGGCGCGCAAGUCAUUCCUCCUCGCCAAGAAGCCGACGGAGGGAAUUCAAAGUGCUGAGUGUGUGUCCAUACAGCCAGCACAUUGGUAUUCAGCCCAGGGAGCUCCACGAUCUCACUGCGCCUUUCCCCAGGAUGGGAUCACAGAGCUGGGAUUGUGUGAGCCAGGGGAGAGCCUCCCUCCAAUGGAUGUGACGUCUUCGGCGGACGGCUAACCGGUAACAACCCUUCUUUACAAGCGCACCGGUCAGGCUGCUUUGGACAAACUGAACCAGGCCUGGGUAGGAGUCCAUUCGCCGCCAUCCAACCCGCAGAGCAGAUAAUUCAGCUCGUCUGCGGGCCCAUCAGAAACAAAAUAGGCCGCCGCGAUGCCCCAGCGACGGGAUGGCACUUUCAGACACGUCCGGAACCAUCCCCCGGAUAUCCUGUUGAGAUUGCAACGUUCGUUGGGCGCACCCUUUCCAGGCGAGGAGUAAUUGAAAACCUCCUCUCCGGGGAAAAACAAGACUUUGUCCUGAUUUGCUUGUCAGGGCAGGAGAAGGAGAGCACAUUUUUAUAAGGAACAAUUUUCUCCCACUAUUACAAUUUUUUUUUUAAGCAGAGAUUGAGGAAUAAGACUGUCCAGAAGAGAUAACGAGCCAACAGGUAGUCGAGUAAGAGAGAGAGAGAGAAUUAACAAGGGUUGUUUAAAAGCCUUUUUAAAAAGCCCAUCGGUGCUGUAUUGGAGUGCAGUGGGCCGGGGAGGGAUUGUCUGCAGGUACUCAGGUUUUAAACUCCCCCACCAUCGCCGCCUGCCUGGACUGUCUCUUUUGGGCCUGCAGGAAAUAUGACUGAGUAAACCCACAGGCGGACAGACAAGUCUUUUUCCACGCGUCAGGGCUCGGAGCCAGGAGCGGCAGACAGCAUGCGACUCAUUGUCAUUCCCAGCGACAUCUGAGGGAAGGAGAGAGAGCGGAAAGGGACAAACGUGGAAGGCAGAGAGAGGAGGUCGAGGCACAAGAAUCCUGUUUUGUUGCCCUGGCCUGCUUUUUGCACUCCUGAGAAUCCUCUUUUUCGUCUGCAUCAACACCACGUUUUCUCGUUUAUGUCUCUCAGCCGGCAAGGUGAUUGCUUUUCGGGAGAACAAGAAAAGGAGGACACAAAAAGGAAAGGGAUUAUUUUUGUUUCCGUCAGACGAUAAACAGCAGAGGUUUCUUCAGUGCCACCCCCCACACCUCCCGUAACGCCAUGAAGCCUUCAGACCUUGGCUGAAGCUCGGAGCGCUCCCGACUGUUCCUGACUCCUUCUAUCAUUCGGUACAGAUUUGUACGGAGUUUCCACAUGUUGCCAAGGAGAAACCAGAGCUUGAAAACCCUCUUCUUCCUUUUGGGAACACUUGGCCUUCCUGGUGAAAUACAUAAACAGUGGCGGUACAGGCAGCCAGCAGACCGUUCUCCAUGAGGAGCAGUAGAAGAUGCCGGCUCUGCCAGCACUGCUGCUGUCGAUACACUUCCUGUCCUCCUUCUUGCUAGCCAACAUGCCGCCACGCUCGCUGAGUCAGACCCCCGUGCUCUCCUCCGUCCGCAUGGCGGCCAUCCUGGACGACCAGUCGGUGUGUGGGCGCGGCGAGCGUCUGGCGCUGUCCCUGGCCAGGGAAAACAUCAACAGUGCGAUUGAGGGCUCGGUGCGAGCCCGAGUGGAGGUAGACAUAUACGAGCUGCAGAAAGACUCCCAGUACGACACCACUGACACCAUGUGUCAGAUUCUUCCCAAAGGCGUCGUCUCUGUGAUAGGCCCCGCCUCCAGCCCCGCCUCAGCCUCCACUGUCAGUCACAUAUGCGGCGAGAAGGAGAUCCCGCAUGUCAAGAUCGGUCCGGAAGAGACGCCCCGCUUACCGUACCUCCGCUUUGCUUCCGUCACGCUGUACCCGAGCAACGAGGACCUAAGCCUGGCCAUCGGGGCCAUCCUGCGCUCCUUCAGCUACCCCUCAGCCAGCCUGGUCUGUGCCAAGGCUGAAUGCCUGCUGAGAUUGGAGGAACUGGUGCGUCGCUUUCUCAUCUCCCGCGAGACACUGUCAGUCAGGAUGCUGGAUGACAACCUGGACCCAACCCCGCUGCUGAAGGAGAUACGUGACGACAAAGUCGCCACCAUCAUCAUCGACGCCAACGCCUCCGUCUCCUACCUCAUCCUCAAGAAGGCGUCGGAGCUGGGAAUGACGUCGGCGUUCUACAAGUACAUCCUCACCACCAUGGACUUCCCCCUUCUGAGACUGGAUGACAUCGUGGAUGAGCAGUCCAACAUCGUGGGCUUCUCCAUGUUCAACACCACACAUCCCUUCUACCUGGAGUUCAUCCGCAGCCUCAACCUGUCGUGGAACGAGGCCUGCGACCUGACCUACCCCGGCCCCGCCCUCUCGUCAGCGCUGAUGUUCGACGCGGUGCACGUGGUGGUGGGGGCGGUGAGGGAACUCAACCGCAGUCAGGAAAUUGGCGUGAAGCCGCUCAGCUGCACCUCGCCUCAGAUCUGGCAACACGGCACCAGCCUUAUGAACUAUCUGCGCAUGGUGGAGUACGACGGCCUGACGGGACACGUGGAGUUCAACAGCAAAGGUCAAAGGACCAACUACACCCUGAGGAUCCUGGAGAAGCACAGAGGAGGCCACAAAGAGAUUGGUAUCUGGUACUCCAACAACACCCUUGCCAUGAACUCCACCAGUCUGGAUAUUAACGUCUCCGAGACGCUGGCAAACAAGACCCUCAUUGUUACCACCAUUCUGGAAAACCCGUACGUGAUGCGCAAGGACAACUACCAGGAUUUCCACGGCAACGAGCAGUACGAGGGCUUCUGUGUGGACAUGCUGAGGGAGCUGGCCGACAUCCUCAAGUUCUCUUUCAGGAUCAAGCUGGUGGACGAUGGCCUCUACGGCGCCCCCGAGCCCAACGGCUCCUGGACGGGCAUGGUGGGAGAACUCAUCAACAGGAAAGCCGACCUGGCGGUGGCAGGCUUCACCAUCACGUCAGAGAGGGAGAAAGUUAUCGACUUCUCCAAGCCCUUCAUGACCCUGGGGAUCAGCAUCUUGUACAGGGUUCACCCGGGUCGUAAGCCGGGCUACUUCUCCUUCCUGGAUCCUUUCUCCCCGGCUGUGUGGCUCUUCAUGCUGCUGGCCUACCUGGCUGUGAGCUGCGUGCUCUUCCUGGCUGCAAGGCUGAGCCCCUACGAGUGGUACAACCCUCACCCGUGUCUGCGGGAGCGUAGGGACAUGCUGGAGAACCAGUACACUCUGGGCAACAGCUUGUGGUUCCCCGUCGGCGGCUUCAUGCAGCAGGGAUCCGAGAUCAUGCCCAGAGCCUUGUCCACCAGAUGUGUCAGCGGAGUGUGGUGGGCGUUCACCCUCAUCAUCAUCUCGUCCUACACGGCCAACCUCGCCGCCUUCCUGACCGUGCAGAGGAUGGAGGCCCCCAUCGAGUCCCCGGACGACUUGGCCGACCAGACCAACAUCGAGUACGGGACCAUCCACGGAGGGAGCACCAUGACGUUCUUCAUGAAUUCCCGCUACCAGACGUACCAGCGCAUGUGGAACUACAUGUACUCCAAGCAGCCAAGCGUGUUUGUCAAGAGCACCGAGGAGGGCAUCGCCCGCGUGGUCAACUCCAAGUACGCGUUCCUGAUGGAGAGCACCAUGAACGAGUACCACCGCGGCCUCAACUGCAACCUCACGCAGAUCGGAGGCUUGCUGGACACCAAAGGAUACGGCAUCGGCAUGCCGCUAGGCUCUCCGUUCAGAGACGAGAUCACGCUGGCCAUCCUCCAGCUGCAGGAGAACAACCGGCUAGAGAUUCUCAAGAGGAGGUGGUGGGAGGGAGGACAGUGUCCCAAAGAGGAGGACCACCGUGCCAAAGGUUUGGGCAUGGAGAACAUCGGCGGCAUCUUUGUGGUGCUCAUCUGCGGCCUCAUCAUCGCCGUCUUCGUGGCCAUCAUGGAGUUUGUGUGGUCCACGCGUCGCUCCGCCGAGACCGAUGAGGUAUGCCCCCAUACCUGCCCUCGCCGAUCCCGCAGACACACCCCAGUGUCUGUCUGUCAGGAGAUGAUCACAGAGUUCCGAAACGCCGUCUCCUGUAAGAAGAGCUCCCGCUUGCGCCGGCGCCGGCCGCUCAGCAGCACGGCGGCGCUGCGCCACCCGAACCGCAUCGCCCUGGGGGCCCCCCGGCCCCUGCGCCUCGUCCGGGAGAUGCGCAUGAGCAACGGGAAACUGUACAGCGGAGCCGGCCCUCUCACGGGCGGCGCCGGCGGAGUGGCGCCCCCUGAUUUGGGGCCCGGUCCCCAGCGGCUCCUGGAUGAUCCUCUCGGCGCCAACACCACCCCUCCGCCGCCGGCCCCCACCCCGGUGAUGCUGCCCACCCGCAGUUGCACCCACGUAAGGAUCUGCCAGGAGUGCCGCAGGAUCCAAAGCUUAAGAUUGGACAGCGGUUUGGGAUCGACCACGACGAGGAUACCGCCCUCGUCCGCGCCGCUGCCCCGGCUGCCCCCGCCCCCUCCCCUGUCCUCCUCAAACACGGACAGCGAGGGCGGAGGCGGGCCCAGCCCCAGGCGGCUGCACAGCCCCCCGCCUCACAGCGCCCGGCCCGUCCCACCACAGAACCUCAACAAAUCAGACCUGCUGGGGGACCAGGCCUGAAGGGGGCGGGGCUAGGUUGUUACUCCAAACAAACAGGAGGGAAUGCAAACAAUGACGAGCGGAUACAAAAUGUGAUGAAAGAGGACUUAAACCCGUUAAAAGCCUGCAGGAACAGCAACGGCUGCCCGCAUGCGCUUUGGACAAGACUGACGGGAGUGCUUCUUUCUCGCGCCGAGGCUUUUCUUCCAGACACUUUGGGGAAGAUCCCGGACACGUGGACUCCCUGAGGGUGAUUACAUGUUGUUUUACUCAUUCGUCGUCUCGUUUCUGUUGACCAUUUGUUCCAAGUGGGCGUUCAAUAAAAAGCCUCUCCGGGUGUGACAAUACGCCGGAUUGUGACCACGGCAAACCACGUGACGGCGCCUAAUCGUGUUGGAGAGUUUUGUGUCCCUCCCCCGGGCUGUGUCCUCGCUGCUCGAAGGCAGGAAGGAUGACACACGAGUCGAACCGUAGCACAGUUGACGUUUGUGUUUAACAAGUGUGUUCAAAGUCGGGACUCUCCUAUUAAUGUUAGCUCAUCAAAAACGGUGCGGCAGGCGGCUUUGAAAUGUGUAACCAACCUCCCUCGUUAUCCCCGCUCGCUUCCUGCCUUUUCCACCGCCACUCCGGCAGCGCGUAGGAGCCGCCAAGGCGACGAGAGGUGCUGAAAUUAGGACACCUCGCGGGCGCCCCCCCUAAGUUUUGUGCUUUGGAAGAGAUGCUGGCAGUACAGAGACCCGACAAGUUUUAGAAUUACCACACAAAUGAUUUAUGGACGUUUUGCUUCCACUGAAGGUGUGCACCAAAUUUUGUGGCAAUUUGGCUAAAAUACAGCAGGUGUUUUGCAGAAGUGUGAGAAGUUAGUAGAGAUGCGCGGAUAGGCAAUUAUUUCAUCCGCAACCGCAUCACAAAAGUCGUCAUCCAUCCGCCAUUCACCCGAACCAACAUUUUAUCAAAACCACACCCGCCCGCCAUCCGCCUGUUGUUAUAUAUCUAAUAUAGACGAUGCAAGGCAUUAGUGAGGUUAUAAAGCUUUUGCCUGUUAAAGAAAGGAGACUGAUCCAAUGCAGCACAGACUGCGUGCCACACAUUAAUAUCUCUUGGCCACGCAUUAGUGGCUAAGAGAUAUUAAUGCGUGAUAAUAUUAUUUAUCAUUAUUAUAGUAUUAUUGUCAUUUCCAUUAAGAAA